CAGCAGCCAUUCGGAGGCUGCAGCUUGGAGGAGGAGGACACGCACUGAGCAAGAGAAAGAAGGCAGCGCGAGGAAGAAGGCAACGAGGGGCAGCGGAGUUACAGUAGGAAGGCUGGAAACGAGGGGAAGGGCAAUGGCGCCUAAAAGGAGCACCAGGGCGGCAGCAGGAAUGGAUAAGGAGUUACCGCCUAGAACAUCGAGGCCGCCCAGGAACAAGGCAACAGCCGAGGGGGAGGCUAGAAGAAAAACACCAAAUAAGGCGCCCACGCGUAAAGCAGCUCCCAAACGCGCUGGUCACCCUCAAUUAGUCCGGCAUCCAGCGGUGAUGACUCCACAGCAGCCACCGAGCGGACCGAAUGGAGCGGCGGCGGCGCGCGAAAGAAGUCACGCAGGUCUUCAAGGCGCUGUUGCCAGACCGCUACAGACAGCGACUCCGCGGAGAGUGAGUAUGCCCGUGUUGACCUAGUUGACAGAGGUAACUAUUGGAGGACAGCGGCCCUAGUGCCAGGACUCCCUUAAUGGGCCAUCAGGGACAGAACUGAGACAGCGGCAGCGUUGGGAGCCCCAUGUGGUGCUUGGGGCAAGCGCAGGGCUCCUGCCCCGGCGCUACCUGGCCCUUUUCAGGACAAUGAAGAUCCACCUGGCACUCACCUGUCCCCCCGUGUCAUUAGCAAGAUUCUAAAAGGCUACUACGUGGAUGUUUUUUCUCUCAUAAAACCAGAGGGGGAAGAGGGUAGGGAACCCCCCCUAAGAGGAAGGCGCAGAAGAGGGGAGAAGGAUAAGCCGGUGGAGCAGAACUUUGUUAACUGGAUGGCCGGUUUUUCCGUAUACCUUGGGGUAGUGGCCACGUCUUUUCCUGACCGGGCGUGGCAUCUUGCAAAUCAUCAAAAGACGGUUGUCAAGGCUAGGAGGAUGGCUGGCGAGGCAGCGGCCAUUGCAUACGACGAAGCCUUUAGAAAAAGAGCUUCUCAGAGCGCCAGGGUCAGGUGGGACCUCACUAAUCAUGACAUUUGGCUUACCGAGGUCGGCCCCAGCAUAAAAAGCAAGUCAGAUACGAGCAGGUCAGACCGAGGCUGGGGCAGAAAAGAAAGCAGGCGGGCGGUGUGCUGGGAGUUUAACCUGGGAAAAUGCCAGCGGGCACGCUGCCGCUUUGACCAUGCGUGUGAAUACUGCUCGGGAAACCACACCAAGAUGAGUUGCGGGAAGUCCGGCAGCAACGGGCAGCCCUUUCCGUCAGGCCGGGCUGGAGCUCAGCCCGGUUUCAAAAAAGAAGGCGGAGCAACCAACGGGAGCAGCUCCGCUCGCACCAAGUAAUUCCCAGGACUCCAUCGGGACACUGGCUUUCACCCCAGUGCGCCUCUCUGCCAUGCAGCCAUGGCUGAAGGCGUAUCCCUUAAAGGCGGCAGCAGCAUUUUUAUGUGAGGGUUUUUCCUGCGGUUUUCGCAUACCGGCGCAAGGUCCCAGAACCGCAUUCACCUCAGGCAAUUUAAAAUCGGCAGCACAAAUGCCUGAGGUCCUUAGCAACAAAAUUGCCAAGGAAUUAGAGGCAGGCAGGAUCGCAGGACCUUUCCAGGCGCCACCUCUCGAGAACUUUCGAGUUUCCCCGCUAGGGGUGGUGCCUAAGAAGGCGCCGGGCGAAUACCGUCUUAUCCACCAUCUAUCUUACCCAAAGGGUUCAUCUGUCAACGAUGCCAUUCCCCCUGAGCUCUGUUCAGUCAAAUAUGCCUCAUUUGACCAAGCUGUCAACUUAGUACUCAAAAAAGGUCCGCACGCCCUCAUGGCAAAAUGUGACAUCCAGUCCGCAUUCAGGCUACUCCCCGUCAACCCGGCGGACUUCAACUUGCUGGGAUUUAAAUUUAAUGAGGAAUGGUAUUUUGAUAAAGCAAUGCCCAUGGGCUGCGCAGUCAGCUGUGCUGCCUUCGAAACAUUCAGUUCCUUUUUGGAAUGGGUGGCGCGCACCUUUGCUCGUUCCAAGUUUAUUACUCACUACCUCGAUGAUUAUCUUUUUGUGGGCGCCAGGGACAGUGACGAAUGCGCACACCUUCUCCGGACAUUCAGGGCUAUGGCCAUGGUUUUCGGCAUACCAUUGGCGAAAGAAAAGACCGAGGGCCCCUCCACCAGCAUCACCUACUUAGGUAUACAACUAGAUUCCAUUCGGGGCGUAUCCCGCCUGCCUGAGGACAAACUGUCCAAGCUAAAAGGACUGGUGGGCGAGGCCAUAGGCAAGAAAAAGGUCACGCUAAAGGAAUUGCAGGCCAUUUUAGGGCACCUCAACUUUGCCUGCAAAGUUGUGUCACCAGGGAGGCCUUUCUGUGCACGUUUAGCACGGGCAACCGCGGGGAUCAGCGCACCGCAUCACCGUAUUAGAAUCACGCAAGGGAUGCGGGACGACCUGAAGGUAUGGUUGGAAUUUUUGGACAGGUUCAACGGUAUUGCCAUUUGGCAGGAAAGAUGGGAGCCAGGGAAUGAACUCCAGGUUCACUCCGAUGCAGCGGGCAGCAGCGGCUUCGGAGUAUUUCUGCAAGGGCACUGGUGCGCGGCCAGGUGGCCUGACAGUUGGGCGGGAGGAAACAUACUGCGGGACCUCACCUUCCUUGAGUUUUUUCCCAUAUUAGUGGCCGUGCGAACCUGGACCAACCUCUUCAGGAACAAGAGAGUGCGAUUUUGGUGUGACAAUCAGGCCGUGGUCAGGGUCAUCAACAAACAGACAUCAAAAUCUCCUAGGGUCAUAAGGCUUGUGAGGCAAUUUGUACUAACUUGCUUGGAAGCUAACAUCACUUUCUUAGCUCAAUAUAUUCCAGGUGUUCACAAUGAAGUAGCGGAUGCAUUGUCCCGUUUCCAGGACGACAGGUUUCGGUCGCUAGCACCAGAAGCAGACCUCCAGCCCACCAUUUUCCCACAGGAGCUGUGGACCCUUGGAGAGGAGAAGCCUGGUCAGAACUAAUGCUAACCAUUGCACCUGCGACCAGGAGGGCUUACCGUGCAGCUAUGACAACAUUCACCAAGUUCAGGCUGGAAGCGGGGUACGGCAGCAGAUGGCCAACCAGCGAGGACGAGGUGCUACAUUUCAUCAUUCGCCAGAGGAGGGCAAACGUUUCAGCACACGCCAUGCGGCGGCAACUGGCAGGCAUUGCCUUCCACAGCAAAGCGGCAGGAUGGGGAGACCCAUGCAACGACUACAGAACAAAGAAGUUAUUGAGAGGAUGGAGCAAGCGGGCGCCGAUGCAGAAAGACGGAAGACGCCCCCUCUCCUACAACACUCUUAGCAGGCUCAUCUCGUCGCUGAAGGGAAUCUGCGCUUCACGUUACGAGGUGAAACUUUUCACAGCAGCUUAUACCACGGCCUUCUUCGGGGCACUGAGACUGGGGGAGGUGGUGGCCGACUCCAAGUCAGAUGGUUCUGGGAGGGCACUACAGCUCAGGGAUGUUUCCAUCGGGCAUAAUUCAUUAGUCAUCAGAAUCAGGCAAUCCAAGACGGAUCAAGGGGGGAGAGGGGCAUCCCUUAACAUUCAAGGGCUAGAACCGGGGCGGUUAUGCCCAGUCAGGGCACUCUCUGAAUAUUUACGAAUGCGUAGGUCAUCCCCGGGAACGCUUUUCAUACAUCACAAUGGUGCCCCACUAUCUAGGUACCAGUUUAUGGCGAUAUUCCGCAGCGCCCUACUAGGCCUGGGCCUCCCCACUGCGGAGUACGGAGGGCAUUCAUUCAGGAUAGGAGCAGCCACCACUGCAGCGGUGGGGGGUGUUCCAGUGGACAUCAAAAAAACCAUGGGGAGGUGGAAAUCGGCAGCUUACUCUUCAUACAUCAGACCCGGCCUUCUCUUGGAGGCUACGAGGUCUGCCGGCCCCUCUCCUCCUUUUCCUCAGGUGCGCCGCCGCGAAUCGAGGAGAUCAAUCGAAGGGACAGAGAUGGCAUCAUCCAGUAGCGGUCGGUCGGGAGGAACCGAGCGCCGCGGCCGCCACAGGAAGGCAAAAUUGCCCGCUAGGCACUGGACGGAUUGACGAGGACUCUCGCAUCUAGAUGCGAGGUGGUAGAGGACUCAGGUCAUCGGACAGCUGCAUGGCAGCGCCUCGCGGCCCACCGUUGGGACAGGCGGUAUCCAGUUACCCACAUGGUUAUUUAAGUUAUCGUUUUGUUUUUUGUUGGCUACGGAAGGUAGGGUUGGCGGCAAGGAGAGUGGGGGGUCCCCACCCUCCUUUUGUGGCGUGUGACAUGGGUCUCUGAUCUCGUAAAAUACUCCACCCCCCCCCCCCUUUUCAUUGGCAUUAGGGGGGAGGAGAUAUUUUGGCUACCGCCAGGUGGCGCUGGAAACCGACUACCGGGUCAGGUGUCGGUUGUGCCGUGACUCAUUUGGAUCAGACAGCAAUGGGCUGUCAGAUCUUUGAUCUGGGACCCAUGCAGGGCAGCCAACCCUUCAUUCUGUAACCAAUAAAAUGUUGUGGCCAGUUUACCCAAAACAGUUAUUGUCAGUGUGUUUAUUGUUCACCAUCAUACGGCGGAGACAGUCGACCAUGCCCAGGCAAAGGGCAGGGCCCGACUCACCGGGCCCUGCAGAUUGCUGGGAAGGGCGCUCCCUCCCUCCCAGCAUGGCGGCGGACCGGGGGGCUUCUUCUUCCCAGGAGCCCCCUCGGCGCGGCGGGAAGGUUUCCCGCCGCCAGCACCCGCUGGCCAAUGGCAGGCCAGCACUCCUGGGCUGCCAUUGGUCAGCGCCCCUCUGUGGGCGGGGCCGCACCAGGCUCCGCCCCCGAGAGGCUCAACAGCAGCCAUUCGGAGGCUGCAGCUUGCCAUCCCGCCCACCCUGCUGGCUCUCAUGUUUUGCAUUGUUUUGUCACAACUGUUGUUGGCGUGUGACAUGGGUCUCGGAUCUCGUAAAAUACUCCACCCCCCCCCUUUUCAUUGGCAUUAGGGGGGAGGAGAUAUUUUGGCUACCGCCAGGUGGCGCUGGAGACCGACUACCGGGUCAGGUGUCGGUUGUGCCGUGACUCAUUUGGAUCAGACAGCAAUGGGCUGUCAGAUCUUUGAUCCGGGACCCAUGCAGGGCAGCCAACCCUUCAUUCUGUAACCAAUAAAAUGUUGUGGCCAGUUUACCCAAAA